AGGCCAAAAAAACGAUACACCCGGAAGUGUCUUAGGCGUGCGGGAGCCGCGCCGCCGGAGGCCUCACCGCUAUGGGCCGCAACAAGAAGAAGAAGCGAGAUGGCGACGACCGCCGGCCGCGGCUCGUUCUCAGCUUCGACGAAGAGAAGCGGCGGGAGUACCUCACUGGCUUCCAUAAGAGGAAGGUAGAGCGGAAGAAGGCAGCCAUUGAGGAGAUCAAGCAUCGGCUCAAGGAGGAGCAGAAGAAACUCCGGGAGGAGCGCCAUCAGGAAUACUUGAAGAUGCUGGCAGAGAGAGAGGAGGCUCUGGAGGAGGCAGAUGAACUGGACAGGCUGGUGACAGCAAAGACAGAGUCGGUGCAGUAUGACCACCCCAACCACACAGUCACCGUGACCACCAUCAGCGACCUGGACCUUUCGGGGGCCCGGCUGCUGGGACUGCCUCCGCCCGAGCAAGGGGCUUUGCCUGGGUCUGAGGAAGAGGCGUCCUCCGUGGAGAAGCCAACCAGAGCCUUACCCAGGAAGUCCAGAGACCCCCUCCUGUCCCAGAGGAUCUCUGCUCUCACAGCUUCACUGCACGCACACAGUCGCAAAAAGACCAAGAGGAAACAUCCCCGACGGGCCCAAGACUCCACCAAGAAGCCCCCGAGUGCCACCCGUACGAGCAAGGGCCAGCGCCGCCGGCUGACGGGCAAAUCCCGGCACAGCGGAGAGUGAGCCCCGAGAACCAGGCCGUGCCCCAGCCGUGCCCCUGUCCUGUCUCAGCUUGCCUGUCCCAGUAACCCAGCACCGAGGUGGUGACUCUGCGGCCCAAGGCUGGGAGACUAGCACCUCUCUGGCCCAGCGCUUAGACCCUGGAAGGGGCAGGCAGCUGAGAGGUGGCUCCCCCCGGGAGGAGCCUUCAGAGCCGAAUCUGGGGCAUCUUCCCAAAUGUCUCCCCCACUGAGCCCUCAUCAGAUUUGUGAACCUGAGUGCACUUGUGGUCUGUUUGUCCCUGACCCUGAUGCCACGUGCCAAGGGCAGGCUUCCGAGGUGGUGGAAACUGUCAGGCGAGCGGGCCCAUCCUCACUGUCCAGCAGUUUUCCGUGUGGGUGUGAAAGGGUAUUGUUAGGUCUGGGCCCCUAACCCGGGUUACAGACCAGCAUAACACUGGUAGAGCCUAGAGUCAUCCAGCUACUCUGAAAAGCAGGCUGCUGAGCCAGGUGGGUGAGCGGUGUCAGACUCCGACCCUUUACUGGCCGAGUCCGUGGGUCUGUCCCUUCUUGGCCUCAUUGGGCUCCUCAGCUGAAACUGAAGUGGUGGAAGCAGGUGAGUUCUAGAGCAUUCCCCACCCACUCAGGACCAGCGAGCGCUGGACAAGGUGACGGGAGUGCAAAGUCCCGCCUGGCCCUGGGGUGUGGGAGGGGCUGGCAGGAGGGGGAGCUGAAGUCCCAAGCUGGUCUUCCUUCUGCUCAGCCCAUGGAGGGCUGCUCAGGAACAGGGGCUCUGUUAGGCUGUGUCUGGGGGAACUGGCGUUCUCCAUGUCACCAUCCAGACCCGCCAUCUGGUGCCUGGCUGAAGGCCACAUCUCGACAUGGGAACUCGAAGCUCAGGGCUCACGGGUGGGAAGCGCUGUGACCUGGCUCUUCAGCUCCUUCCACCUGCCUCCCUGGGCUUGGGGUGGGGUGACUCGCUCUGCUGGGCUGCUUCCUGGGCGGAGGGUGGGGCCCGCCAGCAAGCUCUGCCCGUGGUUCUAGUGCCCAACCCAGGGCGGUGAGUGUGAGCCUUGCCCUCGCAGGCCGCUAGAGCAGAACACAUCCUAGGCCUGAGGGAUUAGUGCACACGGCAGGGCUUGGGUUUGAAUCCUGGCUCAGCCACUCGGCCUCCGUGUGAGCCCUUUGAGGCGCUGACCUCUCUGGGUGUCUCCCCAUACGUAAGAUGUCAAGACAGCCACCUCUUCGGGCUGCCUUGAGGCUGACGUGAGCCUCACGCACGAACCACGACCACCUCCCGCAGCCCCUGGCAUUCCGCAGGUGCGCCUGCAGUGUGCGCUCCUGGCCACUGUGUGCUGCGGCCACGGAGCCAUGGCUCUUCUCCCAUCCCCAGUGCCUCGGGGUCAUUUACCACUUCCAUCUGCAAGUUGUAGUGUUUUCAAGUAUUAAAUUCUCAUCGGCUCUC